AUGUAUCAAAUAGUCUAUAACGAAGUAACUGAGGAGGAAUACAAAGUUGCAGUGACUGAGUUAAAUCAACUAUAGUACUUUGGUGAUAUUGAGCUGAUAUAUAAAAUGCCAAGGAUUCAAACUGUACUUGGAUUUUCAGUCAUUGAAAGAAGUAUUGAAUUUCUAUAUAAUGCACCAUACUUCGAUAACGAGGAUAUGGACGUAUACGAAGUUAUCAUACUGGCAAUGAAGUCAAGAAUCGUUAAUUUCCAGAGUAAAGCAGUGGUUAUCUAGGCUGAUUAGAAAUCAAAACAUAUUCAUUUUAUCUUAAGUGGUAGAUUUCAAGUAAUUUAAAAGCUAUCUAAUGGAACCUUUAUUUAAAUAGAUCUGUUAGAAAAGGGAGAUUACUUUGGGCAUAUCAACAUUCUUAAUUAUGACAGUGAAGUACCCGAGAGUAAUAAUUCAAUAUAUGUGUAUUCAAUGCUUCCCAGUGAAUGCUUGCAAAUUCAUGAAAAUGACAUUCUAAGUUUGCCAAAAAGAGUUCAGACUCGUUUGAAGGAAUACUCACCUCCUUAUCCAGAGGAAAAAGAUCUACUUUAAGAAUACAAGGAUUGUUUGAAAUAAAAUAUCAAAUAAAAAGAAAUAGUUCAAGAUUUUCUGAUCAGGUAAAACAAACCCACUACUAGCACUUUUUCAAAUGAAUUCAUAGGAGUCUUAAAGAAUAAUAUAAAAAAUGCUCAUCAAAAGAUUGAAGUUAUAAAAGAAUUAGCAAAAUCACCCAACUCUUAUCGAUUUUGUGAUGCAAUCUCAAAUGAUUCACCUUCUAAGAAUACUAUGUUUUAGAUAAAGCCAAACUAAUGCCGAGGAAGCAGUUAAAGCCAAUCUAUGAGAACUAAAAUUAAGGAUUUUAACAUGAAUAGUUCGAAGAGAGAAUCUUUUUCCCUUGGCAGUAGAAUAUAAUCAACAUUUGAUUAAAAUGCCACUCAACAAAACCCUAUUUCCACCUUUUCAGUCCGGUUCUAAAAUUAAGUUGACCAAGUAUAAAUAGAAGAUAGAAAAAUGACACUUUCGCAGGAAGCUAUCGAGAGAAUAGCAAAAGGGUAGACAUAUACGGCCAAAGAAGUUCAAAAGCGUGACACCAGUAGAAGUAAAAUCAUGAUGAAAAACUAUAUAGAUGAAUAAAAAACCAUCUACCAAAAUAUUUAAAGUGCCUCACAGCAAUUUAACUGUCUCAAAAAAGACAAAUUAUUUCAAUAGCAUGCUUCUUAGUUCCUCCCAGUCUUAAACUCAAAGAUAGAUAAACAUGAAAGAAGUCAGAAACUUUUAGAAACAAUAACUAAAAAGGAAACUAAAAUAAGCAUGAAGCGAAGAGAUACAUAGCUAAUGAUCAGAAGAUCUAGCUUAGAUAUAAAUAAUUAUAAUCUUUGA